AUAGCAAUUAUGCUCUUAAUAAUUGAUUAAGAAACUUGUAAGUAGCAUCUUGGGUCUUGAUUUGAGUGUAAAUCCAAUCAUAAUUCAAAAUUUAAUUACCUAAUUUAGCCCUGUUUUUCUUUUUUUCUUUUUUUUUUUAUUUGCCACCCAAUAAAUGCCUGCAGUUCCCUUCCAACGAUCAACAAUGAGGAGAGCGCACUAAAUGCUGCUUCCGAACACUCUCACAACUCACAAGUCUCGUUUUCAGACACGAUUAUCCAUCCAAAUUCUUCUGGUGAAUUUCACACGCCAUGCCUCCAAUCUCUAUAAAUCUCUUCGUUUCUCAACUUCUCCCCCAAAUCCCCCAUGGCUCUCUCCUUCUCCUUCGCCUUCGCUCUGCUUCUGGUUUUCGCUGCGAUUCCGGCUUCCAUUUCCCUGCCCUUCGUCGUUCUCCAUGGCAUAGGAGACCAGUGCUCACAUCAAGGGGUUAGAAACUUCACCGAGCAACUGAGGAACUAUUCUGGAGUUGAAGGAUAUUGCAUUGAAGUCGGGAAUGGAGUGUGGGACUCUUGGUUUAUUCCCAUUGAGAAACAGGCUGGAAUUGUUUGUGACAAGGUGAAGAAAAUGGAGGAGUUGAAAAAUGGUUACAAUUUAGUUGGUCUCUCCCAGGGUAACUUGAUUGGUCGCGGAGUGCUCGAGUUUUGCGAUGGAGGACCUCCGGUUAAGAACUACAUAUCUUUAGCAGGUCCUCAUGCUGGUACUGCUUCUGUUCCUCUUUGUGGUAACGCGGUUUUCUGUCGCCUUGCGGACGAACUCAUCAAGUCGGAGGUCUAUAGCGAUUACGUUCAGGAUCAUCUAGCUCCCAGUGGUUAUCUCAAACUACCCAACGCUAUACCAAAAUAUUUGGAGAAAUGCAAGUUUCUUCCAAAGCUCAACAACGAACUCCCAAAAGCGAGAAAUUUGACGUACAAGGAACGAUUCAGUAGCCUACAAAACUUGGUGCUAAUAAUGUUUGAGAAUGACACUGUUUUGAUCCCCAAGGAAACCUCAUGGUUUGGUUACUACCCAGAUGGAGCUUUUAAUUCCACUAUUCCUCCACAACAGACAAAACUCUACAUUGAAGACUGGAUUGGUUUGAAAACCUUGGAUAAGGCUGGAAGAGUUAAGUACAUAAGUGUUGCCGGAGAACAUGUUAAGAUUUCCAGUAGUGACAUGAGAAAGUAUGUAGUACCAUACUUGCAAGGAUAAAGAAAUCAGUCGGGUCGAUAUGGGAAAGUCAAUGUACACCAUAGUAUUACACAAGAGCAAAGCAAAGGACCAAUAAAGAAAAGAGCAACAUCAUUCACAGAACAAAGUUCUUUCAAACCCCAUUCACUAUGGAAGCCUAUUAUCAUCUAUAUAAAGUUAUACUAUCCUAUGUAUUCCAGCAGACAAGUUAAAGUUCAAUGAAAGAGUCAAAUUUAUGAAAGAUGAGAAUUUCAUUAACACAUUCAGAAUGAAAAACAUAUUGGACAGCACAAUCUCACUUACAGAUGCAUAUUAACAAUUUCAAUUC